AUGUUUGGAUCCAAGCGAAGCAUAUCUGAUGCUCCUCAGACAGCUCUUCACCCGAAAAGCCAGCCAGAGUGGCCACCCACUGAACCGGGACGGUCGAGCCCGGGUGAAGUGAUGCUGGCUUCCGCAUCUUGCUGGUCAUGGUUUCUGAUGGUCCUGACGCCCGCUCAGUUUGCCUCUUUGCUGAUACGGUCACCUCCUAAUCCCGUUACAAUUGUCGUUCGAGGAAAAGUUGUAAUGCCUAGUUGUGACGUUGGAGAUGGCAUAAUUCUCAAUCCCGCCCUUGUCCCAUCAUACUAUCUCGCAAACUCAGAGAGAAACGGGAGGCUCUGGGGAGGCUCUGAGUUUGCAUGA